CACUCACUGAACACAGACUCCAACCACAAGAAAGAAAGAAAGAGAGAAAAAUGACACCAAAAGACAUGUUCUCUCAUGUAGGAUCAGUGGCUGCAAGUUUGAUGUUUUUCUGGGCAAUCUUUCAACAAUAUUUCCCUCACCAAAUUAGAAACUCUAUUGAGAAGUACCAACAAAGAUUGGUGAAUUACUUCUACCCUUACAUCCAGAUCAGGUUCAACGAAUUCACAGGUGAGCGGCUGAUGCGCAGCGAAGCUUACUCUGCUAUAGAAAUAUACCUUAGCACCAGGACAUCUGCACAAGCAAAACGAUUGAAGGCCGACGUUGUUAAGAACAACCAGUCUCUAGUUCUAAGCAUGGAUGACCAUGAAGAGGUUGCUGAUGAAUUCAAAGGAGUGAAGCUCUGGUGGGCUUCAGGAAAACACAUAUCCAAAACACAAUCUUUGUCUUUCUACCCUGUCACAGACGAGAAAAGGUACUACAAGCUCAGUUUCCACAAACGACAUCGGGAGCUCAUACUGGGUCCUUACCUAAAUCAUGUUCUGAAAGAAGGUAAGGCAAUGAAGAUCAAGAACAGGCAGAGAAAGCUUUACACCAACAACAGCUCACAUUGGAGCCAUGUAGUGUUCGAACACCCAGCAACAUUUCAGACGGUAGCAAUGGAAGCAGAGGCGAAAAAUGAGAUUAUGGAUGACCUUAUCACAUUCAGCCAAGCAGAGGAAUUUUACGCAAGAAUUGGGAGGGCUUGGAAAAGAGGGUAUCUCCUCUUCGGUCCUCCCGGUACCGGUAAGUCCACCAUGAUUGCUGCCAUGGCAAAUCUGUUGAACUACGAUGUCUAUGAUCUUGAAUUAACUGCUGUGAAAGACAACACUGAGCUAAGGAGGCUCUUGAUUGAGACUUCAAGCAAGUCUAUUAUAGUGAUUGAGGACAUCGAUUGCUCGCUAGAUUUAACUGGUCAGAGGAGGAAGAAAAAGGAGAAAGAAGAAGAGGGAGGAGUUGAGAAGGAAAAACUUGGUAAAGAAGAGAAAGAGAGCAAACCCAGUCAAGUUACACUUUCAGGACUAUUGAAUUUCAUUGAUGGGCUUUGGUCUGCUUGUGGUGGAGAAAGACUAAUAGUUUUUACAACUAAUCAUGUGGAGAAGCUUGAUCCUGCUUUGAUUCGAAAAGGCAGGAUGGACAAUCACAUACAGUUGACAUACUGUAGAUUUGAAGCAUUCAAGGUUUUGGCUAAGAACUAUCUUCAGCUUGAAUCACACGAUUUGUUUUCAAGAAUUGAUGAGUUGUUAAAGGACGUUGAUAUGACACCAGCUGAUGUGGCCGAGCAUUUGAUGCCUAAGAAGAAUGUUAAAGGGAUUGCAGAUGUUUGCUUGAAUAGUCUGAUUGUAGGUCUGGAAAAGGCAAAAGAGGAAGCAAGAUUGAAACUUGAACAAGAGAAGCAACUACCAGUUGAAGAAAGUCAGGGCUCUGCAUUAUUAGCAGCAAGUGAAGGUGCAGCAUCUGAUGCAAAGAAGUGACAGGAGCGGCUACGAGUGAGAUUUAGAAAUUGACAAAACAUGUUUUGUCAAUUUUCAAUUAGUGUCUCUGUCUGUUCAAUGUGUCUGGCGCAGUGUCCACUUGCUACAUAUAAUCUUAGCAGUUUGAAGUGGCUAAAAUUAAAUCACUACUUGAUUGCCAUCUAAGGAUGCUAACGGGUGGGGACUUUUGUCGAACACUUGGUAUG